ACAUCACUGGGGUCUCAGGAGCCACAUGGGCCAUGUCAACCCUGUACGAGAAUGCUGAUUGGUCUCUGGGGGACCUGGGUAUGGUUACUGAGCCAAUGAAGGUUGAGAUGAUUAAGAGGUACCAGAACAUCCUGUCCGAGGAGCAGCUCAGUUACUACUGGGAGGAGAUGGGACAGAAGGGGAGGGACGGACUUCCCGUGUCCCCCAUUGACAUGUGGGGUCUGGCCAUCGAGCACCUCAUCUAUGGGAAGGUACUGCAGGAUACAUACGGGACAAACACAUGCACACUAACACACAAAAAAUCCUCUGCCCAUCUACACAGCUGUGAACACGAAGACGAGCCUGACGGGCAUCAAAGAGGCUGGUAGGCAUUACUGGAACAGCCAGCCAAAUGUGCUCGGAGAUUAUAC